AUGGGAACCCGAGGUGACGUGUAUCCAUUGGGGCUCUGCAUCGCCCUGUGCCUGGGGGGCACCGUGGCCCAGAAUCAUGGCGUACAAGGUACCACUGAGGACUGCAACAACCAUCUGCUAUGCCCAGCAAACGCCAAGUGUGUGAACAACACCCACUGCACCUGCCUGGAUGGAUACCAGACACAAGGGAAUCGCUCCUUCUUCACCGACCCAACGGAGGCCUGUGACGAUAUUAACGAGUGUCUGGGGCCGAGCAAGCCAAACUGUGGACGCAACGCAAACUGCAACAACGUGGCUGGGAGUUACUACUGCGCCUGCAUCCCUGGCUACGAGCCCAGCUCUGGGAAAGCCAACUUCACGCACGCGAGUGAGAACACCUGCCAGGAUAUUGACGAGUGUCAGGGCCUGAGCGCAGCAGACUGUGGACCCCACGCAAACUGCACCAAUGUGCCUGGGAACUACUCCUGCAGCUGCAUCGAUGGCUAUGAGGCCAGCUCUGGGAAAGCCAAUUUCACGCACGCGAGUGAGAACACCUGCCAGGAUAUUGAUGAGUGUCAGGGCCCGAGCCCGGCAGACUGCGGACCCCACGCAAACUGCGCCAACGUGCCUGGGAAUUACUACUGCACCUGCAUCGAUGGCUACGAGCCCAGAUCUGGGAACGCCAACUUCACGCAUGCGAAUGAGAACACCUGCCAGGACAUCGAGGAGUGCCGCAAGACCCCAAAUAUCUGCGGCCCGAAGGCCACAUGUGUCAACAGCAAUGGGAGCUACCAGUGUGAGUGCCGGGCCGGCUACAUCCCCUCCAACAGGAACACGACCCUGUGCGAAGAGCUCAGCUGCCCCCCGCUGCUGGAUGAUGAAAACUCUAUCGCAGCCAAGAACCUCCAGGGCAGCUUCCAGGCACAGGUGGGACGUCUCUGCAAGGCGGCGCUGGAGGAGCUGAAGCAGAUGAACUCUCAGAACGCUGAGGAGAAGCUGCAGGGCUUCUUGGACAUUCUGGAGAAGCAGAUAAAUCUGGUUGGGAAGCAGAGCGAGAGCGUGGAGCGGAGACACCGGAUCGCGACGGAGCUGAUGGCCAUAGUGGAGAAGCUGCUGAGAACGCUGGCCCUGACCCUGCCUGACAGCCUGAUCAGCAUCGCAUCCCCCAACGGCACAGAGCUGGGGCUGGCGGUCAGGCAGGCUGGGAACCAGAGCCAGGAGACCGUGACGCUGCAGCAGAGCAAGACGCAGAUGGAAUUAAAGUCGGCCGGAGCUCCAGGGCAGAAAGAAGGCUUCACGCUGGCCGGGCUGCUGACAUACCAGGGGAUGAGCCCCAUCCUGGACGGUGCUGGGCGGGUGGAGGCGCCUGAGUGGGACGGGAUCGGCCAGAAGGGGAAGUGGGCGCAGAAGCCGGGGCGGCCCAGCUACCGUGUGCUGUCUCCAGUGGUGUCGGCCUUCAUCAGUGACCAGGGCACUCGGGCACUCAACCUCUCUGUCAGCAUCCGCUUCAGCCACCCGGUGCCGGAGAACAAGACCGACCUGCGCCUCCUCUGCGCCUACUGGAAGCCUGACAGCAGGCGCUGGGCCACCCACGGCUGCACCCUGCAGAACUUGAACGCCACCAUCACCCGCUGCCAGUGCAACCACCUGGCCAACUUCGCCGUGCUCAUGGCCUUCUACGAGCUGGAGGGAAGUUACACACUGACCAUCAUCACCUAUGUGGGACUGACCCUCUCCCUGCCGUGCCUCUUCCUCGCCAUCCUCACCUUCCUCCUGUGCCGCUCCAUCCGCAGCGUCAGCACCUCCCUCCACCUGCAGCUCUGCCUCUGCCUCUUCCUGGCCAACCUGCUCUUCCUCACCCCGGUGACACGCACUGGCAGUCGGUGUCCCUGGGCUCUCUGUCUCCCCCAGGUGGCGUGUGCUGUCAUUGCUGGCCUCCUACACUACCUCUUCCUGGCCUGCUUCAGCUGGAUGUUCCUGGAGGGGCUGCACCUCUUCCUCACCGUCAGGAACCUGAAGGUCGUGAAUUACACCAGCGCCAGCCGGUUCAAGAAGAGAUUCAUGUACCCGUUCGGCUACGGCUUCCCAGCCCUGGUGGUGGCUAUUUCUGCAGCGGUGAAUCCUGAUGGCUACGGAACUUCCACACACUGCUGGCUCAGCCUGGAGAGCGGCUUUCAUUGGAGCUUCCUGGGUCCAGUCUGUGCCAUAAUCCUGAUAAAUAUAACGUUCUUUGCCCUGACCCUGUGGAUCCUGAAAAACAGUCUCUCCUCCCUCAAUACAGAUGUGUCCACCAUCAAAGACCACAGGUUACUGACCUUUAAAGCCAUCGCCCAGCUCUUCCUUCUGGGCUGCACAUGGAGCCUUGGUCUCCUCCAAGUUGGCCCAGCAGCCAUGGUCAUGGCCUAUUUUUUCACCAUCGUCAACAGCCUGCAGGGAGCCUUCAUCUUCCUGGUGCACUGUCUCCUCAAUCGCCAGGUGAGAGAGGAGUACAGGAGAUGGAUCAAGGGAUUCCAAAUGUCCAGCACAAAAUCUCAGACAUACGAUCUAUCCAUGUCUGCUGUCCCCACCACCAGCACCAAGACGGUGUAA